UCCAAUAAUUGACAUUUGGUAAGCUAGAGUAGUUUGGGCUUUGGCCUUCAGGUAAAUAGUAUUACUAAAAAGUCUAAUUACGGUGACCGGAUCGGCUCAACUCGAUCGGCUGGGACGAAAGCCGGCUCCGGCUAGAAAACAGCAGCCCCUAAAAACCCGGUAGGAAGUUUUGUUAAUUUGCCCGUUUGCACGUGACGGCCUACCAGUACAGACUACAGAGAUUCAGUGGCUUGGAGGAAAGAAGGAAAGGAGAGGUUGGUUGGUUGGAGAAAUGCUGUUCCGAUGACGGGACCGUGAGGUAGAGUUAUGUGAACGACCGAUCCUGAUUUGUGCAGCUGUAUCACUCACACUACCAUGACUGACGGGUGACGGUUGCGGUGAUGGACAUUUAUGAAUGCACAAUGGGGUGGUGUCGGCGCCGUAUAGGCUUGGCGUAUGAAUACGGAUACAAAAUACGUAGAUGCCUUGGUGUCCGCACAAUGCUUCUAUUCUAUGCACAUUAAUCAGUCACUUGGCACUUGGCAGCCCUUAAUCUUAUCCGCCUUUCACUGAAUUUUGUAUUUAAUAUUGUACUUGAGGCUGGCCUACCGCGGGCUUCUAAUUAGGCCAAAGGCCCAAUUUCAAAAGAAACCUCACAGACAGGCCCAUAUUAUAAUGGUUCCUCGUCUCUUAGCAUCAGACGUCUGAACUAGGCCAAAGGCCCAAUUUCAAAAGAAACCUCACAGACAGGCCCAUAUUAUAAUGGUUCCUCGAUUCGCAGAAAGCAUGACGUGUACGACGUCGAUUGGGCUAAAACUCGAUGGGAUCCUCGAUCCGUUGUUUUAUCUUUGUUGGUGAAACAAGCAUGAAUAGAUCAGGGCCUCAGGGGUGAGAUUUUGUAGUACGCAACUAAAGUGGGCUUAGAGUCUUAUGAUUGGGCUUGAGUUAAUUUUCCAAACGGACAAAUGUCUUCUUUCUGAGGGGAGCCCAAGUUGAAGCUCAGCAGAAGCCCAAUUCUCUGUUUAGUUGACUACGAAUCGGUCCCCUCCUCAAUUCUCGUCGGAGAAUCCACCGGGAGCGAAAGGCAAUGGGCAGCGUAGAGCAACACUUCCCAGUUCCUCACAGAAGUUUCUCAGUCGAAAUUAAGGGGAACAAGACUGAUGUAGUCAUUUCCGGAUACAAUGACCAUAUUCUUGUGAUUGCAACUCAAAUAGGAACCAUGGGGACAAUGCUACAAGCCAGGAAGGAAGAGGGAAUGACAAGUGAGCCAACUUUCCACGUAUCGGUGAUAUUUGGGAAACGAGACGAGCCGAUGCUAACAGCAUGUGCUCGGCAACUGAUUGAACACAUGAGUAGUUCCGGGUCAGCUAGGCCGUUGGUUCUCUCUCUCGGUCUUAAAGACCACUCAAUGGAGACACUGAAAGGAGUUGUAUCUUAUGUACUGGAAAAUCGAAUUUGGUAACAGUUGGAGCGAUCAACGUAUAUCUCACUGUUCCAAACUUGCAGCAUUCGGUUCGACUGAGAUCCUGCACUGUGAUUGUUUCUUCAAGGUUUGGGACACGAACUUUUUGAUGUUGUAAUGGUUGUAGUGGUAUGUAGCAUGGUCAUUUGUGAACAUCCAGUCAAAGCAUUUAUCAAUAUAUUUUUCCUCUGUGAAUUUUGGUACCCAAUGCUGAAACAAAAUCUCAUCGCCAAACAAGCCCUUAAUUUGUGCGGCUUCUUAAGCUAACACCGCAGAGUUCCAGAAAGAGAUUGGGAUUGAUACAAUGGGGAUGCUCUCGGCUGGAUGAGCACUUCUCUUCUCUUAGAAGACAAGCUGCAACAUAUGGGGCAGAGGUCAUAGUGACUGCUAAGAGACAUUCCUCAGCAGGAUUGUAGUUGAAUCCAAAUCGUGGGAUGUGUCGAAUGUUCGAUCAGCUGCCUCGGAUCAUUAGACGUGCAGAACACACAAUUUGGGGUCGUUGGGCGGUGAGUGCAUCUCACGAAUAUCUGGAAUUGAGUCACAAGACUCACAUCCAACAACACUGCCCGUAGCAUCAUGCUUGCCUUGCCUAGGUGGAUGUUCUUAUCUCACCAGAUUAUUUGAUCAUCAGAAUUGAACCGUUGUUCUAUUGUCUCUUGCGAACUAUAUGGCACACGGAAUUGUCUUCUUUAGAUUUGCGACUCCAUGCUUUAACUUCUGAUGAUCCAAAAAUAUGGUACCGACAGGGGACUUCAACCCCUUAAUGUGGUAAUAUGAAAGUAUUUUGCGUUCUUUCCGGAUAUAUAGAAAAAUUAGAAAGCCUGAGAAUAAUGUCAUCAAAGAAUA